AAGUUUUGAGGACACUUCGAAGUGAUAAUUUGGCUUUAUAUUUUUAAGGAUGGCGAGAAUUUUGACAAUUGACUUGAUCGAUUACCUAAAGUGCGAGGAGCGGAUUGUUAAGAAGGAUUUCGUUGGCAAUAAGAUACAGUUUAAAAGACUCCUCGAUAUGUAUGAGAAACUGAAAGUCACACCCGAGGAUCUAACCCGGAUCUACAGCGUUGAAGAUAUAAGGAUGCUUUGCCAGAGAACCAAAGUAAAGGUGAAUAUGACAAUCCAAAAUUGCCUGUGGGACGCAAGAAAGUACCUGGACAAGAUGCGCCUGGCCAACAGAUCGGAGGCUUAUAUCAACCGCAAGAUUGGAAAGGCGGUGCUCCGGAAGAAGAUAAUUCCCUAUCCGGAAACGGAAUUGGCCAGGUACAGCCAUAUUGUCCGAUGUGAAACGAAAAAGGAAAAUAAUUUUAGGUUGGACCGAUGGGCUCGUGAGGAAAGGAAAGUGCCUUUGGGCAGACCACUCCGGCGCUCGAUCCGUCUUUUACGAACUCCGAUGUCGAUUGAUUCUCAUCUGCAAGAGUCGGGUAAAUUAUCCUCGAACCGGGUUCCGGAUUCGCCUCUUGCUCCUUUGGAAACGCCAAUUGUAUUGGAUUAUUCAAUGGCUACUUUGAAAUCGAAAGAGAUGGAAUCGGAGCAGCCGGAAAACAUUCUGGAUACAAACAACAUCAUUUUCGAGACGCCGAAUUGUCAUUUGGAGUUGCUGUCGUCGCUUUCUCCUUUGGAAACAACAAUAGAGCCCAUAGCCUUUCCAAGUAUGCCGUCCCUCGAAUUGGAUGAUGAAAUGCUACUAAAUCUACUCAAUCACUAAACGUGUACUAUGUAAAUAUAAACAACAUUAUGGAAAAAUA